AUGUUCUCCCGUGGAUAUGACAUGUGUGGGGUAGCUACAAACAGGCCAAUGGGUCCUUCUGCUCUGCCGGAGGUGUUCUGCUGUUGUCACAGGAAAAUCUGGCCGCAUUCAGCACCGGGGGGCAGGACUUCACCACUCGGGGAUGGCACCUAUGGCUCUGUCAUCCUCGGCCGGAGUCUGGAGACGGGGGAACUCGUUGCCAUUAAAAAAAUGAAACGGAAGUUUUACUCCUGGGAAGAAUGUAUGAACCUCAGAGAGGUCAAGUCGUUGAAGAAGCUCAACCAUGCAAAUGUAAUCAAACUGAAGGAGGUUAUCCGGGAAAACGAUCACUUGUACUUUAUAUUUGAGUACAUGAAGGAGAAUUUAUAUCAGCUGAUGAAAGACAGGACUCGGCUUUUUCCUGAGUCUGCUGUAAGAAACAUUAUGUUUCAGAUAUUACAAGGUCUCGCAUUCAUCCAUAAACAUGGAUUUUUCCACCGAGACAUGAAACCUGAGAAUCUGCUGUGUAUGGGCCCAGAGUUGGUAAAAAUUGCAGACUUUGGUCUUGCGCGGGAGAUUCGUUCUCGCCCUCCAUACACUGAUUAUGUAUCAACGCGGUGGUACAGGGCUCCUGAAGUGCUCCUCAGAUCAACAUCUUAUAGCUCGCCUAUCGACCAGUGGGCAGUUGGUUGCAUUAUGGCUGAGCUGUAUACACUUCGCCCUCUUUUUCCGGGUUCUAGUGAAGUAGACACCAUUUUUAAGAUAUGCCAAGUCUUGGGUACACCAAAGAAGAAUGAUUGGCCUGAAGGGUAUCUUCUGGCAAAUGGCAUGAAUUUCCGUUGGCCUCAGUGUGUUCCCAGCAGUUUGAAAACACUCAUUCCCAAUGCCAGUCCAGAGGCCAUACACUUAAUGACAGAUUUUCUGCAAUGGGACCCAAAGAAGAGGCCGGCAUCAGCACAGGCUCUCAGGUAUUCCUAUUUUCACGUGGGCCAGGCUUUGGGCACUCCUCAACAAAUCCUCGAGCAGGGUAGACCACAGCCAACCCAUGUGCCAAUGCAGGCCCCAAUACAGGCCCACGUGAUGCAACAGCAGCCCCUUCUCCUGAAGCCUGUGCCCCCCUCACAGCCGCCUCCAAACCAGCACUUCUCCAGACCACUGCAGCCGAUUCAGCCCUCCCCGGUCUCUGCUGCUGCUCAGGCCGCAAUCUACCAGCGGCACACAGACCUGUCCCGAGAGCAGCCCAAGCACAUCCUCAAAGCAGAGACACCGGCCACAGCACAAAGCCACCUCCCUUUCAUUGUGGACACCUGUCUUCAGACUAAGACAAGGGAGCCGUCUGAGAACACAAACAUGCCAAGCCUUCAUCUUAAGUCCAAAGGGGGCCGUCGCAGAUGGGGCCAUGGCACAGGGUAUAAAGGGGAUGAGUGGGAGGACUGUGAAGACAAUGACUUGUCUUUAAGUGUUCUUGGAAAAUCAAACUUCUCCACAGAUAACGAUCGACACAGAGAUGGCCCCUUGCCCAGAUAUGGUAAUGCGCUGGAUUACAGUCGUCCAAAAGUGCAAGAUGACGGUCCUUUGAAUUUGAACAAAACCUCAAAUUACCAGGAACCUUCAAGAACAGCCUCUGCCAAACAGCAUUACCUGAGACAGUCAAGAUAUUUACCUGGAAUUGCUACAAAAAAGAAUGUCACAUUAAAUGCAACUAAAGACAUGAGUAGUAGCAGCCAUCUUUGGGGAAACAGUGCAAUUCCAUUUGGAGGCACCUUACCAAGCAGAGGUGCUCAUGGUACAAACACAAUAUCAGAAGGAUAUUUGCCUACUUUUUACAAAAAAGACACCAGUUCUGCAGGUCAAAGAAGGCCUCAUUGUUCAUUUAAUGAAUCAACAGCAUCAAAUUAUGCAACUUGGCGGUCUGGGCGCAGUCAGAUAAACAGUAACAUCUCAUUGCCAUCCAAGAGCACACUGGGUACACUGCCUCGUCCACCAGUCCAGUCCAUCCACGGGCGCACUGACUGGUCCGCCAAAUACGGACACCGCUAG